UAGUUCCUGUAUUUAUGUUGGUAGUAUAGGUAAGGUACAGGUGUUGAAGUUUUAGGAACAGACUAUAUGUAUGGGUAAGCUGGUUGGGCUGUUGAUGGAUUGUUGAGGGCUGUUUCUUCCGUCUUGGCGGUUGAGGCGAUUAUCGUUCUGGAAUGGGCCAUAGAAGUUGGAUGAGGAGGGAAGAGCAGUUGCUCUUCCUGAGAUUUUUGAUGUGGUGCUGUGUUUGGUAUCGACAGCUACCUUUGUCUCUAUUUCGAUCAUUGGCACUGUUUUAAGUAGCAAUGAAUGAGAUUCAAUAUUCUUCUACUUCGAAAGAAUUCAAAUUCGGAGUAUCUAUACGUAAGUACAUUUUGGGCUACUUACAAAUGUUUUGUUGUUCAAUCAUGGUUUCCACAAACUGCAGAUAUUACCGGCUUGGCGUAAUUUAGAUCUCUUUAUUUUCUUCAUCUAUCCAGGCUCCGAGUUUGGGUGUACUUACUGCAUAGGUAAUCGCCGAGGAUGCAUAUGUCCGUUGUCUAUACCUAUCAGUUGCCUUCACUAAGUCUGCAUUCAAGCUGAGAGCUAUAAAGAGCCACAAGUACUCGGACUUUUAAAUAAACCACUUCUUCACCCGUCUCAACUGGACUGUACAAAGAAGUCAUCGAAGGAAAUACAAUAUUACGAUGUUCAAGUCUGUUAGCAUUCUACUUGCGCUAGCCGCCAAUCUACUGCCCGUUGUAGAUUGCCAUGGCUACAUGGUCAUCCCUUCCAGUAGGACCAGUCUUGGUCAUUUAGUAAGUUUCAUUAUUCCAUCUACAUUAACACACUAACGAUUACAGGCUGGCAUCGACACAUGUCCUGAAUGCACAAUUCUUGAACCCGUCAGUUCCUGGCCCGAUCUCGAUUCCGCUCCCGUAGGACGCAGCGGUCCUUGUGGCUACAAUGCCCGCGUAAGCGUUGACUACAACUUCCCAGCCACAAACUGGGGCAAUUCUCCUGUUGUGACUUAUACCCCUGGUCAAGUCGUCGACGUACAAUGGUGCGUCGAUCAUAAUGGAGAUCAUGGUGGCAUGUUUAGCUGGCGCAUUUGCGAAGAUCAAUCUAUCAUCGACAAACUCAUCACACCUGGAUAUACCCCUACAAAUGCCGAGAAGCAAGCCGCAGAAGAUUGCUUUGAGGCCGGUCUACUUCCCUGCACAGAUGUCACCGGUGCUACUUGCGCGUACAAUGGUGAUUGCUCGCCCGGGCAACCAUGUUACCGAAAUGACUGGUUCACCUGCAACGAAUUCAACAGCGGGACUAAAUGUCAAGGUGUUGAUAAUUCCGCUUUAGGUUCUUGCUAUACAUCUAUCGCGGGCGGAUAUACAGUGACCAAGAAAGUCAAGAUCCCAAACUUUACUUCCAAUCAUACACUCAUAUCUUUGAAAUGGAAUUCCUACCAAACGGGACAAAUCUAUCUCACAUGUGCUGAUAUCGCCAUUACCGGUUCGGGCUCUGGUUCAGGCGGCGGUUCCUCAAGUACGACAACUAAAACAUCCUCAACAACAAGCACCCUCAAAACAUCCACAACCACCGCCAUCACCUCAAGCUGCACCGCAAACCCAACCCUCAUCCCCGUAACCUUCAACGAACUCGCCACCACCACCUAUGGUCAAACCAUCAAAAUCGCCGGCUCGGUUGCCGCACUAGGUAACUGGGAUGUUUCCUCCGCACCAGCAUUAUCAGCUUCGGCUUACACAAGUACAAAUCCAUUGUGGUCGGUAACGGUCAUGUUGGCGCCGGGACAGGUAGUACAGUAUAAGUUUGUGAAUGUGGCGAGUGGUGGGACGCCGACUUGGGAAAGUGAUCCGAAUCGUGUUUAUACGGUGCCGGCGGGUUGUGCGACGACUGCGACGGUAGGGAGUAGUUGGAAGAAAUAGACGGAAAAUUUGGGGGCGGGUGGAUAGGUGGCUAGGGUAGGAUUGGGAGGGAUUGGAAUGGGCUAGGAUCGGUUUGCGGAAGUGAGAAUAUUGUAUCGCUUGCUAGGUAGUGAUAUCGAUAUGUGUGAUGCUAUCACGGGAGGCGAAUAUCCGUAUGUUUAAUUGUACUAGUUCUAUAAUUCGGACUGCUAUAGAUAGGGAAUUAGAUGGUUACAGUUUUCACAUUUGAUGAAUUACUAUAUAGCCCUCAUCACCACGUAUCUAAAAAAGCAAGAGCAAAGAUCCGCACAAUCUAUCACUUGUCAAAAUAUCCUCAAUAAAUAACUUAAUCCUGUAU